UUGUUCGGUGUUACAAACCCUGAAUAGAUUUUACUUUUAGGAGAUGUAAGGAUCCGUUGAAACUAAACAAUGGUCUUAAAUAAGAUUUGUUUUAUACCUGAAUAACUGAUUAACCAACCAAAACUGGAUUGACAAAAAGCAGCUUACGGCAGCCACCCUGACCAUACUACUGGACCGAUUUACACGCGGUCGGUACCAAAUUAAAGGAUUAAGAGAUGGCUGACUCUGAGAAUAUUGUCGAGGAGGAAAAUUAUACCACCAAACUAACAAGACAUGACAAGUCAACUAAGGCUCUGCAAGAGAAGAGAGACAACAUACUAGACUCAAAAUAUGACUUGGUGUGUCAAGAUGGCAGAAAUAGUUGUGAAAAGAAUCAAACACCUAACUUGACAGAAAAGGACCAUGAAAACAGAAGAUACUAUCACAAAGAAAUAAGUCAAACUGACAAAGAAGAAGAAGUUUUUGCAACCUAUAACUCUUCAGAUAGAGGAAUAAACAGCUACUAUUGUAAAAACGAUGAUGAAAAGCUGCUUUUUGUUGACAAAACUAAUAUUGACCGGCAAUGUAAACAAGACCAGCAUAAUGAAGUUGAUAUUAAUAUGUGUCAAGAUCAGCCUGGUUACCAUAUCUAUUUAGACCAUCAUAAAUAUCAAAGGAAGGAUUAUGCAAUAGCUAAGACUGAAAAUCACUCAGAGGAAAGUUAUAGUUGUCGCCCCAAUGGGAAUGAUAAAACUUUAAACCAGUCUGAUGAAGCAUCAACCAUUCCAAAUGAAACUCAUGUUAAUACUGACAGCAAGAGCUAUAUUCAAAUGAAAAACCUCUCUGUUGAUGUGCAAGACUCGUGUGACAGGAAAUAUGAGUACCCAAAAGACAGCCCCAAUGCCGACCAAAUAAAUCACAUGUGUUCUCAAAAAGAUGAAAUUUGUGAUAUAAGAGAUUAUACCUGUAACAUUUCUGGAAAAGAUCAUCUACCGAGACAUGAGGAAGGAUGUGGUUGUAAUGAUUGCAGGAGUCAUUGCCACGAUGAGUACUACCAGUAUGAAAUGCAAGAUGAGAAUAUCUAUAGAACUGAAGAACACCAACCCCAAGAUCAGACUUGCAGAGAUUACCAACUAGGUACAGAGCAUGAGCACUGCUAUAACAAGAGCUACAAUCACUCUGAAAAUGAAUAUUAUGCAGGACAAAAUUAUCGCUAUCAUCAAACUGUAUUACAAAACAAAGAAGAUCGUCACACUAAUAAUUGCAGUCCAUUAGCUCAGGGAGGAAAUCUGCAUGUGGAUGAAGUAGACCUUACCUUCGGAAAAGAAGAAACUUCAGCUGUCGACCUAAGGGUUUUGAGGCCAUUAAGAUACUAUACUGAAUCAACCCAAAUACAGGAGUCUUAUAGGGACCAAGAACCCAUGACUGUUUCAGACAUGUUGAAUGAUUCCCACAUUACUCACUACACCAGAGAGGAUGCCUCCUUAAAUGCAACAAGUAUCAAGCAUGACUAUGUCCCUCAUCCCACUUUCUAUAGGGAAGAUUAUAAAAAUGCUUCAGACGAACCGAGUGAGUUUAAAAUUGAUGAUGGGAUUUGUGAGACAAUGGAUGAGGAUAAUAACAAUCAAUGGGAUGCAGCAACAAAUACAGAACACAUAAAAGUUGAGGAUAAGGGAUCCCAAACGGGGAUUAUAGAAACAAGAGAGGUUGCUGUUCAGACUGAUAUUAAGAAUGCCAUAAUACCUCUUACAUUCUUUAAAAACAUAGAGAAAAAGAUAGCUAACUACACAUGUCACAUAUGCCACCGGGUUUACAUUUCUAAACCCAGUUUUGAACGUCAUCUUAGAACACACAAGAAAGAGCAAAAUAAUGUCUUUGCUGAUGUCAAAUUAACAACUGAAACUAAACUUCAAAUUUGUAAACGAAGCAGCAACCCCAAAAACUUAAAUACUCAGAAACCUAUCAUUAUACAUGUACCCAGAUCAAUUUUACAGUGUGAAAAAUGUUAUAUGACUCUUGAAAAUCAGAAACAGAAGGAUAACCACAAUUGCUGUUUCACGCCUUUCUCCUUAAUUAAAUGCCCAGAGUGUCAUAUCAAGUUUUACACACCAGGAGCACUCAAUGAGCAUAUAGGCAUGGUUCACAAGAAAGACAAUGCAUACUACUGCAUUUUUUGCAAUAAAAGCUUCAAUGCCGGUUACAAUUUUCAUCUUCACUUGGAUGAACAUCUGUCCAAUCAGUAAAUAUCUGUACAUCAAACACAGAGGUGACUAGAAUUAAUUAAUUCUAGAAAUGGUUUUAGUUUUCCCCUCCAGUAUCUAAUCUUAAAAUUAUCUCUAGUUAUUCUUAACAUUUGUUCAUGGAGAAGAUAAAGAAUGUUUAUCUUUACAGUUAUCGUAAGAAAGGAUUUUGUUAUUUUACUUGUAUUUUAAGGAAAAGUAAGUCUACUUUGAUUUAAUAUUUUAUUACGAAUAAUUUUUUAUAUGAUCAAUAUA